UAAGUGAUUGAGGUUCUAGUCCGGGAUUUAUGUUAUUUAGUGUCAGUCAGUCAUUAAGUAAUAUACAUCGACCAGGCAUAACAUUAUGACCAGCUGGGCACCCUGACUGGUCUGUGGUUAUGCAGCCCCAUAUGCAACACACUGUGAUGCACUGUGUAUUCUGACACCUUUCUAUCAGAACCAGCAUUAACCUCCUCAGCAAUUUGAGCAACAGUAGCUCAUCUGGUGGAUCGGAUCACACGGGCCAGCAUUUACUCUCCAUGUGCAUCAAUGAGCCUUGACCGCCCAUGACCCUGUCACCGGUUCACCACUGUUCCUUCCUUGGACCACUUUUAAUAGAUACUGACCACUGUAGACCGGGAACACCCCACAAGAGCUGCAGUUUUGGAGAUGCCCUGAUCCCAUCACAACUUGGCCCUUGUCAAACUCCCUUAAGUCCUUACACUUGCCCAUUUUUCCUGAUUCUAACACAUCAACUUUUAGGACAAAAUGUUCACUUGCUGCCUAAUAUAUCCCACCCACUAACAGGGGCCAUGAUGAGGAGAUCAUCAGUGUUAUUCACUUUAAGGUUUUAGUCAGUCAGGUACCUGUUUUUAAUUAUGGUUUUAGUCAGAAAUGUGUUUUAUUUGGGGUUUAGUGAGUCAUGUACGUAUAUCAUUUAGGUUUCAGUCAGGGAUGGCGUUACCGAAUCAAUUUACUGACUCGAUUCUCGAUUCUGACACGAACCAACCGAUUCGAAUGAAUCGAAAUGCAACUACUGACUGACCAAAAAAAAAAAAUCACAGCACCAUAGACACUGACCGUUAAAAGCAAGAAACAUUCACACGUCCUAUUUACACCAUCGGCUAAUAGUACCCAUACCAAUGUUAGCCUAAAACCACAUUUAAAAUGACUCUGCACAGUGGAAUAUUAGAACUAAAACAAUUUGAAUCGACUCACUCGAAGUGAGAGAACCGAUUCACAGAACCGAUUCGCGCGCGAUUCAUUUCCGAUAGAGGAAAAUGGCGUUUUGAGAAGAGCUAAACAUCCUCAUCUAUAAACUGGUGUAAUACAGGGUUUCCCAAUGUCCGUGGCUAAUGCGAAACAGGCCAUUUUCAACCCGGUAAUUCCUUUCACAGGACUCAUCCCAGGUGGGCUUCAGCCUGGAGAGAUGGUUGUAGUUCAGGGCUGUGUUCUCAAUCAUGCUGACAGGUUCCAGUUUGACCUGACCUGUGGCAGCAGCACUAAGCCCCGAGCCGACAUCGCUUUACACUUCAAUCCCCGCUUCAGGAGCUCACCGUGUAUCGUUUGCAACUCCUUACAGCAAGGUAGCUGGGGUCGAGAGGAGGUCCUGGAUCAGAUGCCUUUUAAGCAAGGAGCAUCCUUUGAGACAAUCAUUCUAGUACAGGAAGAUGUGUUCAAGGUGGCAGUAAACGGAGCUCAUGUCCUGGAGUAUCGGCACAGAAUCCCUCUGCACAGGGUCGACACGUUCUCCGUAUCAGGAAAAGUUCAAAUACAAGCCAUUGGCUACGUCCCAAGCUCGGCAAUAUUUUCAGAAUCGGGUGAUUUGAGUAUACCCUACAGAGGCAGCAUACUUAAAGGGCUCAGUCCUGGACAGCACAUAACAAUUAAGGGUCAUGUCAGCUUGUUUCCUCACAGUUUCUCUAUAAACCUGAGGUGCAGCGAGUCAAAAAACAUCGCCCUACACGUCAAUGCACGGAUCAAAUCGGGCACACUGGUCCGCAACUCCUUCUUAAGCGAGUCUUGGGGACCCGAGGAGAUGGAGCUCUCGUACUUCCCCUUCACAGCUGGGAAAUAUUUUGAGAUCAUCAUCCUGUGCCAGACUCACCAGUUUAAAAUCGCCGUGAACGGAGAGCAUCUGCUGGAGUACAGACACCGAGUGCAGGACCUGAGCUCCAUCACCCAGCUGGAGGUCCUCGGAGACCUGGACUUACAGGACAUUAAGCUCUGGUGACUCUCAGCUCAGAAACAGCACAUGCUCACUUCAGCACUUAGGGUUUUUUUUUUUUUUUUUCUUUUUUAACCAGCCAAUUACUGAAUACACAGCUGUGUCACUGAUGGAGAACGUUUCCAAAACAUGAUCUCAGACCUGGAUUCCUGGAACUUUUUUUCCAUAGUGUAGCGAUUAUAAAUAUAUAUAAAUAUAAUAAGUGACUACUUACUCGCUUUAUGUCACAAUGACAUAGAAACACGUUUAAAAUAUAAUCAGGGUACAUUUUCUGAGAUGUGUCAGUCUGAAAAACUUGCACAGAACAUUUACUACUGACUCACUAAGCUCUUACAAUAGCUAUUAUCUGGAUGAGUGAAGAUCCUGGGCAUGGUGUCUAAAGAAUGAUCAGUGGUUUCGAAUGAAAGCUUUAAAGAGACAUUACAGUGGUUUAGAUGAAUCUCUAUUAAAUGUGUUAUAGAGUUACACUUUGGGUUAAUUAGUAGUUAGCAUCUCCAGGGUCAGGGGGGUUUGAUUCCUCCAUCCGCCCUGUGUGCAUGGAGCUUGCAUGUUCGCCCUGUGCUCUGGGGGGUUUCCUCCAGGUACUCUGGUUUCUUCCUAAAGUUCAGUGACGUGUUAUAGGCUGAUUGGUAUCUCUAAAUUGUCCAAAUUGUCUGUAGUGAAUGAGGGUGUUCGUGUGUGAAUGUGUCCUGUGAUUGGUUACCACUCCGUCCACGGUGCUGUCCAUCUUCUGUAGUGCUUAUCCUACACAGGGUCACAGGGAACCUGGAGUCAAAACCAAGAGACUGGGAUAUCCCAGUCUCUUGGUAUAGACUCCAGGUUCCCUGUGACUCUGUAUCCCAGUCUCUUGGUAUAGACUCCAGGUUCCCUGUGACCCUGUAUCCCAGAAUUACCUGUAUCUCAGUCUCUUGGUAUAGACUCCAGUUUCCCUGUGACCCUGUAUCCCAGAAUUCCCUGUAUCCCAGGCCCUUGGUAUAGACUCCAGGUUCCCUGUGACUCUGUAUCCCAGUCCCUUGGUAUAGACUCCAGGUUCCCUGUGACCCUGUAUCCCAGAAUUCCCUGUAUCCCAGUCCCUUGGUAUAAACCCCAGUUUCCCUGUGACCCUGUAUCCCAAAAUUCCCUGUAUCCCAGUCUCUUGGUAUAGACCCCAGGUUCCCUGUGACCCUCUGUAGGAUAAGCGCUACAGGAAACGGAUGGAUAAAAGUGAUCAAAGAGCUAUUUCUAAGUAUGAAGUUCUAAGUUGAAAUUAUUUUGCUAUAUAACUGUUAAUUAUAGUUAAAAGCCUAAAUGACUGUUCAUUGCAUUGAAUCUAAAGCUCAAUAAUCCAAACUGUAAAAUGAAUAUAUAGCUCCAGAACGUCUGCUUGAAUCUACCAGCAGCCGUGUUAAGACUAGACAAAGUGCUGCUCAGAUUAUAUCAGAUGUUAUGGCGGUAAAACUGAUGGGUUUUCUCCAUGGAAAUGUUGGACAUAAAAGCUCAAAUGGCUCCAAUAAGUAAACAUGAGGGUACAUUUUUCUCUGAUGUGCCUAAUAUUUAAGUAAAAAAAGGAUUAUAGUUAUGGAAAAAUGUAUAUAGCAGUUUUCAGGGGGGUGACGGGAUUUUGUUUAAUACUGUAUGCAACCACUAGAAUAAUGAACAAAGCAACGAGGCUGGAUUAUACAGAUUUACACCCGUCAUGUUCGCUUGGUUAAAAUGGAGGACUGUAUAAUCAGUUUGCUAAGAGUGCAGAUGUAUUGUUACGGAGUAACAGUGUUAUUAUAAUUAACGUGCUUUAUACUGAUGGAUUUAAAAAAGCAUGUAAUAAACACUACAAUCAACUUCCAA